AUGGACGCGCGCGCGCGCGGGGGCGAUGACCUCGACGCCGCGCGCGCGGACGUCGAGCGCGCGCGCGCGGUGACGACGGCGUGCGCGCCGAUGUGCGACGCGACGCGAAAGGUGUUGCGGGCGAUGACGGAUGUGAUCGACGCGUGCGACGCGACGCCGGCGCUGGGCGUCGCGCGCGCGGGUGGGGACGACGACGACGAUGGACGCGCGCGCGAUGGGUGGAAGGCGGGCGGGCGCGGUGGAUGGUUGGAGCGCUGGGAUGCGAACGCGGACGCGGCGGCGGACGCGGCGGACGCGUCGCGAAUCGGCGCGGACGUCGUCUACGAGGACGCGACGACGCGGUGCGCGCGCACGGGGACGCGAUUGUGGAUGUCGUGCGAUGGGUUGGUGUUCGUGACGUCGGCGGAGGUGGGUGGGCGAGGGAGGCGCGGGGAGACGGAGACGGCGACGGCGACGGAGACGGCGACGGCGACGGCGACGGAGACGAAGGACGCGACGCAGACGCGUUCGACGCAGUGGCCGGCGAUUCCGCGCGAUGGGGAUGGGAAAUCCGCGUCGCACGCGGCGGCGGAGCGAACGCUCGCGGGGACGGCGGCGAUGGAGAUGAUUGAUGAGAUCGCGACGUGCGUCGGGCGGCUCGGCGCGAGCGAGGUGUUCGUCGUCUGCGAACGCGUCGGGGACGUCGACGCGAUGCGAGGGACGAAGAUUCGCGACGCGUUCGUCACGCUCACGGGUGUGUGCGUUGAGAACGUGUUCUGCGUCGAGUCGUGCGCGGUGGAUGGUCCGCGGUCGGGCGACGCCGAUACGGACUCGAGCGGAUGGCGCUCGAGCGCUUCGUCCUCGCCCGAGAAACUCUUCCGCGAGCGAAUCGCCGAUUGGCGCCAAAGAUGGCGAAAUGAGAGGGCGAAAAAGUUGCGCGAUGAAAAAUUUGAAAAGAUGCGACGACAGGCGCAGUUUUGGGGCAUGUUCCUUCGAAUGGACGACGCGUCCGUCGCCGAGGAGCGCGCUCGCGCGGAGGAGACGACGGAGGAGACGCCAGAAAACAAGGCGGUUCUCGCGCGCGCGCACGAAAUCGCGUCCAUGACGGCGAUUCACACGUAUCUGAAAACCGCCAUCGAGGGUGCGCCGCGCCUGGGGGUCCCGGGAGCGCCGGAGAUGGCUCGGAAACACUUUCUCAAGCAUCCCGAACCCGAGCGCGCGCCGCUCAUGAACGCGGUGUACUCGCAUUCGCUGGCGCAAUACGCGUCUGCGCUCGUGUGCGCGUGGUUCACCCCAGGACCGAUGGGUGCACACGCCGCACACUUCACGAAUCGGUUCAGGAUUUGUCUGUUCUGCGCGUGUCUAUCCGGCCACUCGCCGCUCGAUCCGGAGGUGGUGACGGUGGCCAUCGGACUCGCCGCGGGCGUCGACAAGGAACACUUGGACAUGCAUCCCGUGAUUCGUUUCACAGAGAGCGAUGGCGAGAUCUCAAGCGAAGACGAGAUUGACGGAAUCGCCGUGGAUGUGGCGCCUGACGACGCGCCGAAGAUUGACAUCGACGGUGACGCCGUGGACACGAACGCCGAGACGGUGCCGAAUCAGGACGAUGCGUGGACCACACUUGGAUCCAUUUCUUCCCUGAUGCAAGACGGGCUCGAUCGCGCCAUAGCCGAGAGUAACGAUUUGAAAGAGCGUGCGUCAAAGAUGCUCGUGGAUUUCUUAAACUCUGGCAACAGAACGGCUCGGCGAACGCGUCGGCGAGCGAUGAAGGCUGCGUGCGACGCCAAAUCGGAUGCUCUCAUGAUGAAAAAGAUGUCUUACGACGAUGCCGAGUCGCUGGCUCGAGAUGUCUUUCGCACGGAGUUCACGCGUCAGGCGACGAAAGAUCUCACCUCGCUUGUCUUCGGAUCGAAGUUCUACGUCGCCGUGGCCGCAGACGUGACGCAGGCGAUCAACGCCUCGUUCACGACGUACAUCGCCAGAUCGAGCAUCGACUUGUUCUUACCCAUGGUUGAAGAGCACGAAGAGAAGAUGAAGAGGAAGCAAGCGGAGGAAGCGGCUGCGGCCGUUGCCGCGCUGACGACGAAGGACGGGUUCAUUCGCGUCACGCUUCGCGUCGAAGACGGCGAUGUCGUGCGAUGCGAGCUCACCCCGACGCCUCUUCCCACUAUGGUGGAACAGUUGUUGAGCGCACCGAAAAUAAUCAGUGAGAAGACAGCCGUGCUCACGACGACUACUGCGAGCAAAGUGUCGUCAAGUGCUGAGGUCGUUACCACGUGGGCGGCUCGAACUACUGAGUCAGUGCGUCAGGAGACCAAUCGCGGGUUUGAGCGGGCGCAAGAAAACGCCAAAGCCAUGUCGAUGUGGGCGACCCGAACCACCGAUACGGUGCGUAAAGAGACCAAUCGAUCCCUUGAACUCGCGCAAGAAAAUGCUAAGUCGAGCUUUGAGACCGUUGGCGCGUUUUUCGAUCGAACGACGAGCUCGCUGAACGACGCAGUGACCACGGGAGCGUCCUCCGUCGUCUCGGCGUUUUCUGCUCUGACAUCCAACGGUGAGCGCCCCACCGCGGCGUUCGACGUCCGUUCGCUUCCAGUCGAGCGCAUCUUGUCGGCGUUGGAAAACGAAGAGGUUGAUCGCGUCAUAACCGAAUCGAAUCUCAUGCUGAAGAUGCCCACUGACUUGAUCCUGUCCAAGGAGCUCAAGGAUGUGUACGCCGAAAUCCGAGCCGACUCGAGCGCGUUCAUGAAGUACAAGGAUGACGAAAACGUCUCGCGAGCCGUACAGCGUCUCCUCGAAUUGGUCGUCGAAAGCGGCGACGAGGCUGCGAUCGGUGAGCUCACGCGCCUGGGCGUGUUGCCGAGACCAAAAUCUCAAGCCCGGAUCAAGCUCGAGCAGUGGCGAACGCAAUUCCGUGAGGAGAAAACCGCCGAAGAGCAAGUCCCAUCCGAUCCGCAAACUGAGCCCGAAACCCAGUCACCGCCGUCCAAGCCGUCCAUAUUCCCGAGCGAGCUCCCACACGUGCCAUCACCGGCGCAGCUCGCGACGAGAUUCUCCGCUGCCUUCUCCGCCGUGCCGCUCUUCGGCGGCUCCCUCUUCGGCGCGCCCGCCGAGCGCCCGAGCGAGCAAUCCCAACCCACACCCGAUUCCUCUGCCACCGGUAAAGCCGCGCGCGCGGAGCCAGCCCCAAGUAACGCCGCGGGUUAG